ACUAUAUACAAGUUAAGUAUGAGCUAUACCGACGAGUCUGAAGAAUCAGCUCUAGAUUUUGGCGAGGAUGAAGAUGAAGGACCAAAUAUAGGCAAAUAUAUAGGCGGACGCAAUGCUGCAGGCCAGCGUCAUGGACGCGGCUGGGCUAUAUUGCCAAAUGGCGAUCAGUAUGAUGGUAAUUAUCGUAAGGGACGCCGUCAUGGCAUUGGACUUUAUGUCUUUCAAAAUGGUGCACGUUAUUAUGGGCAAUAUCGUUGUGGCACGCGCUGUGGUCGCGGCAUAUUCAUUUAUCCUGAUGGCUCUGUCUACGAGGGCAAUUGGCGCAAGCAUCUGAAGCAUGGCAUUGGACGUUACAAUUAUGCCAAUGGCGAUACUUACAUGGGUGAUUGGCACAAGGGCGAACGUCAUGGUGUAGGUGUUUACAGCUUCAAGGCUGACAAGGACAAUUGCUGCUUGUCAGUGCGUCUCAAGUCCACCUGGCACAACAAUGUGCGCAUGGGUCCAUUUGAGAUGUAUAUAGGCAAUGAUGACAAGUGCACCAUAUUGCAUGGCAUCUGGGAUAAUCUAUAUCCUACUGGACCGGCUGUCUUCAGCUUUGACAAUCGCUAUAUGCUGUUGGGCUACUUUUUGCCAGGCAAUUACAAAGAAAAGGUGGACACUGAUAUGCCUGAAAGUGAUUUCAAUGAAGUGGAGGAUGCUGAGGAGGAAGAAGGCGAAAUGAAGCCCACUAUAUGGUUUGCUCAGGAAAUGGCUGUCUAUGAUUACUCAUUGUUGCCGCAAGAGCCAGUGCCGUUGCCUAUAUCCGACUCGGAGCUAUCUGUCUGCUCAUUGACCACGGAGGCAAGUGCCCCCAGCGAGGAGAGAAUCAGUUAUUAUGGCGAGGGCGAAGAAGCCGAAAUGGAGGAAGGCGAAAUGGAGUGCUUCCCAUGCGAAUGCGAAUACGAUGAUCUCAGCGAGGUGGAAUCCGAUACCGAGCCUUGCAAAUUGGACACAACUCCUUGUGCCAUUGAGGUGCUCAAAGACCGUGAAUGCGGCGAUGUCUAAACAGUUAAAUAGUAGUUCUUAUUGUUGCUGUAAUUUUAAUUGUUUAAUGUAAAAACUACGCAGUAUAGUUGCUAAAACUAAUGCAGAAAAUAAACUAAAUCUAAACGAGAGGCAGUUAAGAAUUACAAUUGAAUUACAGUUGUUUUUUAUAUGCAAUGUUAAAAAUUAGCCAUCUAAUGCA